CCGACUCCUCUCCGCCGACAGAGGCCCCUCGGCCUCACCCCAUUGGACCCUCCAGCCUCGGGGCCGGCGCGGCUCGGGUCCCGCCGCCCAGGGCGCAGCGUCCAGCGCAGAUAUGAACUUUGAGGACGUGGCCAUUGCCUUCUCUCAGGAGGAAUGGGGGCUCCUUGAUGAGGCUCAGAGACUUCUGUAUUGUGAUGUGAUGCUGGAAGUGUUUGCACUUGUCUCAUCUGUAGCCAGACCUAGCGUUCUGCUGAUUUCUGCCUCUGUCUUUUCAAACAUGCUGUGGCUGCCUAUGCUGAGCUGUGUGGAGGGUCUUGACCAAUGGACUCCAUGAACAUCCCUGACUGUUGCCCCAAAAAGUGCAGAAAGUGUUGUUGGCAUAAAACGUAUGAUGAGGACUUCUGUCCUGAGCGGAGAAUAUCUGUUCAAGGAGAAUCACAGGUCAGGGCUUCUGAGACAGCUCCAGCAACCCAGAGGACCCUUCUGUGUAACCAGUGUCUCAGUGUUAAAAAAUAUUGUGCACCUGACUGAGUCACAAGCAGCAGACUAUGAGCAGAAAGCCUUCUUCAGUGACGCAUGUGUGAGAGACUUCUGUUUCAAUGUAAACUCUCACCAGCAACAGAGGGAUUCCACUAGAGAGAAACUCUGGAAAGAAGACAUGGACAGGGUCUCGUUUGUGACCAGGUGCAGCUUCUACUUAACUUGGGUGCCUUCUAGCAGUAGGGAGGUUGGGAAAGUAUUCCCAGCCAUCUCAGAGCUUCUCCAGCACCAGGCCCCUCUCAACACUGAGGACCUACACGGCGGCAGUGAGAUUUCACAGGAAUAUCUUGGUGGAAAGAGUUUUCAGCAGACUUGUAACUGUGAAAACUUUGGCAGCCAAAGCCAGAAAGUUGUUCAGCAUCAGGGGGCGUGCUCUAGAGAAGUGAAAUAUGAGUGUGACAAAUGUGGGAAAGUUUUUAAACGAAUCUUUCACCUCAUUCGACAUGGAAAGGUUCACACAAAAGAAAAGCCCUACGAGUGUAUUGAUUGUGGGAAGUCCUUUGGACAAAGGUCCGACCUCUUUUCACACCGCAGAGUUCACACUGGAGAGAAGCCGUAUGAGUGUAGUGAUUGUGGAAAGUCCUUCAGGCAAAGUUCUCACAUCACUGAGCACCGCUGUUUUCACACUGGAGAAAAACCCUAUGAGUGUACUGAUUGUGGGAAAUCUUUUAGGAGAAAUAGUAAGCUCCUUAUCCACAAGAGAGUUCACACUGGAGAAAAGCCCCAUCAAUGUACUGAUUGUGGGAAGUCCUUUGCGAGAAGCUGUCACCUCUCUGAACACAAGAGAAUUCACAGUGGCAACAAACCUUUUGAAUGUAGUGAUUGUGGGAAGUUCUUUACACGAAAGGGGAACCUCAUUCAACAUCAUAGAGUUCAUACCGGAGAAAAGCCAUAUGAAUGUAGUGAUUGUGGAAAGUCCUUUAGACAAAUACGUUCUCUCAUGGAGCACCACAGAAGUCACACUGGAGAAAGGCCCCAUGAGUGUUAUAAAUGUGGGGAAUGUUUUAGAUGGAAACCUAGCCUUGUUAGACAUCUGAGAGCUCACACUGGAGAAAAGCCAUAUAAGUGUAGUGAUUGUGGAAAGUCCUUCAGGCAAAGCUUUCAGCUCACAGAACACCACCAUAUUCACACUGGAGAAAAACCCUAUGAGUGUCCUGAUUGUGGGAAAUCUUUUAGGAGCACUAAUACUCUCCUUAACCACAAGAGAGUACACACUGGAGAAAAACCUUAUGAGUGUACUGAUUGUUGGAAGUCCUUCAGGAGAAGCUAUGACCUCUCUGAACACAAGAGAAUUCACACUGUCAAAAAACCUUUUGAAUGUAGUGAUUGUGGGAAGUUCUUUAGACGAAAGUCCAAGCUUAUUGAACACCACAGAGUUCAUACCGGAGAAAAGCCGUAUGAGUGUAGUGAGUGUGGAAAGCGUUUUAGGCAAAGACGUUCGCUCACGGACCACCACAGAAGUCACACUGGAGAAAGGCCGUAUGAGUGUAGUAAAUGUGGGAAAUGUUUUAGCAGCAAACUUAACCUUGUUAGACAUCUGAGAGUUCACAUUGGAGCAAAGCCUUAAAUGUGCAGGGGAAGUUUUAUCUUUCUCACUCUACAGCACUGCAGGAGACUUAAAUCUAUUUACCUGAGUAUAAACUGCUUUUAUCUGAACAUACACUGUACAGAAUUCCUCAUAAGUUUGAGGUAGAAGUGAGGCCUGAAAGAGCUGCAUUGCACUUGCUAACUUCCCAGCAUUCCUGCCUCAUUGAUGUCACUGCGAGGAAUUGUGGCUGAAGUGACCUCCUCUACCACCUGGCUCACCUGAACAGUGUGCACCGGUCACAACCCCUGCGUACUCAGGGAAAAGGAAUUCUGUGUUCUUCCUUCUGCUUGAGAAGUUUAUGAAUACUUUCAGCUCUUGACUGUAUCUUCAUUCUUUUCUCUCUGACCAGAGAAUUGAACUGACCUAGGUUUCAUCCAGAGCACCCAUCCUCAGCUAAGAAGUGCUACCUCUCACAGGGACAUUGUGGUUCUCACAUGCUGUGGGGAAUUGUUUCAGGUUCCAAUUCACCAUCCUGCUGUCCUUUGCUCUGGUUUAUGAACUUUUUUAAAGAGGUUUUUUUCUUUUGUACCUCUAAUUCUGUUGGUUCUUUUAAUUCCUUGGGAUGAUUGAAAGGAAAACAGUGCUUUGUCAGCAUGGAGAGGUGAACAGAUAUGGUGGGUCCCAAACAUUCUGUGCUUUGGUAGGCACAGCAUGAUAUCAGAACAGCACUUGUUGUCCAAUAUUGGCCUAUUUUAUGUUGCUGAACAAGGCCCUGAGAGAAAGUGUGCAUGACUUUGUGGUUCUAACUUGCAGCCUGGUGCCUCUAUUAUUGGUGGUGUCAUGGUCACCCAGAAAAGGAGGCCUUUGUUGUGCCUCUGUGAACAAUAUGAAAAGUAUUCUCUAUUCACAGCAUUUAUUACAUAAUUCUUGGCAACGUUUCAGGGGAUUCUUACCCACAUACUGUAAAGGAGCCAGGUAACAUAAUAUAUAAAAUUUCAUAGGCUGAUGCCAUUGGUUUUAAGACACUGAGCAUUAGAAUGAACCACAAUUAGGACAGAAACACUGUGUUCAUAGAGAGUGGAUAAGACUGGAGUAAAUUACAUGAAAAGUGCUUCUUCUCAAUGUUAUCCACAAAUGGUCAGUGGACUGUGGCUUGUGUGAUCUUCUUGUACAGACAUUCUCAGGACCUCCAUCACUGUCUCCUGUGGCUGAAGUAAAUGGCAGAAAAAAUAAUGUAAUAGUUGUUUGGAUUCCCCUUACCCAUCUAGGGUGUUCACUUCAGGGUUUGCUCAGCAGGCAAGACCUCCAAGCUAGAGGCAGGAUAAGCCUGUAAUCAGUCCCAGGAUGUGUCUUUUGUGAUUCCUUUUGAUUCUGAUGGCAAUAGUCUUCACUGCUUGACAAUAUUUGCUGCCAGUAAGUAGACUUAAAGAUGUCAAUAUGCAAAACUAAGAAUUUAUUCUCAUUUUUAAAAAUAAGUAUUUUAUAUAUCUUUAAAAUAAUUUGUUGGCUUUUUAGAAAGAGAGGGAAGGAGGCAGAGAAUGAGAAAUGGCGAUAUGGAAAAGAUGCAGCUAACAGCUGCCUCCUGCCCGCCACCUACAGGGCAUCCAGGCAGGAAUGGAACCCGUGACUUUCAGGGCAAGGGAUGGUGCCCAACCAACUGAGGCUCACUGGCAGGGAAAAGUUUGUUCCUGUAAUAUUAUUAUUGUAUUAAUUUCCAUACCAACAACUCUACACCUACUUGUGGCACAUCCUGCAUUUUCCUACUGCCCUUUUGUAAUCUCCCUUCCUGCCUUUCUUGGCCCUCCAUGCAGUCAUGGAUUUUUCUUCUUUUUGAGUGGAAUAGUUCAUAUUUUUCAUAAUUUUGUAAGCACUAGAAGGUGUGUAGUCUUUAACAAAUACUGGUUUCCUCCAUGCUACACAGUUAUUUUCAGAUUCAGCACUAAUGUUUAUGUGGAUAGUUACGUUUUUUUUUUUACUGGGUAGUACUAUGCUCUAUGGUAUCGAAUUUAUCUAUUGGUCUAAGUUUUGGUUAUUCCAGUUUUGGAGUUUUAUAAAUAUUGUCUUCAGUUUCUAUAGAGAUGUAUGUUUUACUUCUCAAACUAUUGCAGUGUUGGUGAAUGUUUUACAUUUAAAAUAUGGGGAACUGUUUGCCUUCCCACUAACCCACGGUAUAUAAAAAUUCCAGUUUUUCUGCUACGCUGCCAGCACAUGCAGUGGUUAACCUUUUUAAAUAGUAGCCCUGGAACCCAUUUAUGUAAGAAAUUUUUAUGGUGAGUGUUUUUCUCAUGAGUUUAUUUAUACUGUCUUUAUCUCUUUUGUUAAAAUGUCAGCUCAGCAUCUUUUAAAAUUGUUUAAGCCGAAACCGGUUUGGCUCAGUGGAUGGAGCGUCGGCCUGCGGACUGAAAGGUCCUAGGUUCGAUUCCGGUCAAGGGCAUGUACCUGGGUUGCGGGC